CUUCAACCAUCAUUAGUCGGGGGAACUUAUUGCCCAAAAAAUAAAACAUUUAGCCGGGGCCUGGGGAAAAGAUAACAUGCCGGCCGCACAGUCACUGUGUUGGUGUAGUAGCUGUUGAAGUAAGGCCUAUGUUUCAAUACUUCCUAUCUUCUGCUUGUUUCUUUCUCUUCUCUCCCUCUCGUUGUCAGAUCUGAUCUGAGAAACUGAGAAAAGUGGAAGGAAAGCCUCUCCCAACGCACACGCGUGCCCUUUGCACUUCCUAACUGCCACUCGCUCACUUGUACAAAACCCUUGUGAAAGGCGCAAACUUUUCCCGUUACUACUUGAGAUCUGCCGCCUCGCUUUCUUCAGGUUUUGGUGCAUUCCAUUAAUAUUGGGAGGAGAAGUGUUAGUUGGAGUUUACUGAAAUCAAUCAUGUUCAGGCAAUCGCCUAGUAGAAACCAAAGGUCCAAAGGCUUCAAGGUAAAGCAUGCUCUUCAGAUAUGCUUAUUGCUUGGAGUUUGCAUAUGGUUGCUUUACCAAGUCAAACACUCCCAUGACAAAAAGAAGGCAUUUGAUGAGAGCACUGCUAGAAUCUCAGAAAAUGUAGAGAUUGGACAUGGAAUCUUAAAACUGGGGAGGAAGGACCUCAAUCCACACCUGGAAAGGCCAGGUUUUGAGAUUCAGCAUGGCAAUGAAGAAGCAAGUGAAGAAGAAAACAAGCCUGAAGAGGAAGAAGAAGAAGAAGAAGAUGAAAACAAACCUGAGGAGACCGAGGAUGAAGGCAGAGGGGGUGGAGAUGAUGAAAUAGAUGAACAUGAUCAAGAAAAAGCCGAAGAGGAAGCUGAACGAGGGGAGGAUUUUAUUGAUGAAGAGGAGAAGGAUAGGGAAGAAAAAGAGAAUGAAGAUCAUAUUGACAAUUCAGGUUCAAUGGAGGAUCAGGAUCAUGAUGGAAGCGAUAGGAAUACUCAAGAAGCACGGGAGGAGAAUUACAAGGGGGAUGAUGCUUCCAGUGCCGUUGUACGAGAUACCCAACUUAUAAUCUCUGAAACUGAAAAUGGAGGUUCUGAAGGCUCAAAUGAGGAAGAGAAAGUGGAGAAGACAGAAAUGCAAGAGAAGGAGCAGGAAAAUAAAACUGAUACACAGGAAGAGCAAGUGCAGAACACAGAAAUACACGAGACAGAACAGGAAGAUAAACCUGAAGGCACACAGGAAGCUGCUGCUGCUGAUCAAAAUGACUCAGGUUCGAAGGAAAGAGGUGAAACCAUUGAAGGUGACCUUCAUGUGAAUUCUACCACCAAUGAGGAGAAGAGCGCUGAGAUUACUGUGUCUGUAUCAGAGAAUGUGUCUCAACCUAAUUCAACAACCACAGAACCUAAUGAUCAACCAGAAGCAAACAACAACACGUCUGAGGGUGCAAAAAGUCCAGCUUCAGUCAUGCAGGGUGGUGAAGAUAUUAUUAAGGAGUUGACUGAAGAUCAAAAUACAACUGCAGACAGUGGAACCGUAAAUGGAGAUGGCUCCAACCUGCAGGACCUUGUACUGCAACAAGUUGACAACUCUAAUAUAAGUGUCGGAACAAACACAACAAAUCAAAGUGCUGAUGUAACCAUGGAAGAAUCCAGAGAUGCUUCUGGUGCUCAAGAGCGUGCUGUGCCGGAAGAAGAGGUUAUUAAGUCCAACACAACUGCUGGAGCAGAGGAUGGCUCUGGAUCUUCAGGUGAGAGUGAGAAAACUGAGACAAAUGGUGCAACAGAGGAAGCAGAGGAUAGUUCUGUGUCUUCAACUACAAAUGAGAAUACAAAUGGAGCUCAAAGUGAACAUGGGGAUUCUUCCAUUCCACAAGAAGAGAAAGAGGCUCGUACAGAUCUUGGUACCUUGCCAGAGAUUGAAACUGAAGGAAAAAAUAGUGAAGUAGCAGCAGAGUAAAAGCUCUGACAAAACAAUUACAAGCCUUAUCUCUCUCGAUACAUUGCUCGUAAUAUAAUUUUCCCACUUCUGUUUUUCUUCUUUAAUUUGGUUGCUAGGUAAAUAAUCAACUGUAAUUUUCUUGUUUGUUUCUGCUCUGUCAUGCAAUAUUGUCAAAGUUGGCAGAGAAAAAAAUAUUGGCAGAUUGAGAAGUAAGGUAUGUAAUUCUGUAAUUGAUUUAAAUUUCCCAUGAGAUGUUGUUUCUCAUCAAACAUGCAUUGUUGCUUUACCGGGUGGAUGAAUCAACUCUUAAGAGGUUUUAGCUUA